GUCGGUAGAGCAGUGUCGGUGUCCGCGCUGCUACGACAUGCGGCAACAGAUCCACGCUGAGCUAGCGACCUGGGUCCCUGACAACCCCAAGUGUCAGAUGGCGCUGUUGUCCAGACAACAAAUCUGUCAACUAUUGACAAACAUGACCAUCUAUUUUAUUGGAGACUCUUUGAUGCGCCAGAUGUUCAUGUCUGUCUUUGGUCUCUUGAGGGAUGAUAUUCUACUGGACUCUACCCCCCAAGCCAAUCGCAAUAUUUGUGACCACUACAACCGCUAUUUCACAGACUGUACGCCUCACAUCUUGCGUGAUUCAAGGGAAUGUGAGGGAGAGGUGCAUCUGAUGAGCCAGUCGUUAUGGAGGGCAAGUCAGAGCAAGAACAUCCUAGAAGUCAUGGGUCAGCUGACUGGAAAAAACAAUUCUCUCUUCGUCUUCGGUAUUGGGUUACAUGAUGGGCUGGACCACAAUGUGGUGGAAUCACAGGUUCUAAAACCAAUGUUUGAGCUCAUGUCAAAGUCACCUUGGCCGAAGGUCAUCUGGGUAACCCCCCACGUACCAGGCCCGCUCAAAAGUGGACGUUACGUACACCAGCAAGCUGCUAAAAUGGAAGUCUACAACCAAGUCAUGCACCAAGUCAUGAGAAAACAGGGAAUUCCCGUGCUUGACUUCUUGCACUUGACUGAUGGAGUGAUGAGUUACGAUGGUACCCACUUUGGAAAAGGUCUCAAUGACGUCAAGGCUCACAUCUUUCUAAACUUUUUGUUGGAAAACAGAAAACAUUUUGUACACAACGUUUAGACCAACAGCACUAGGAUUUAUUGCCCGAUGACGUACAGAAAACAUUUUGUACACAAAGUUUAGACCAACAGCACUAGGAUUUAUUGCCUGAUGACGUACAGAAAACAUUUUGUACACAACGUUUAGACCAACAGCACUAGGAUUUAUUGCCUGAUGACGUACAGAAAACAUUUUGUACACGACGUUUAGACCAACAGCACCAGGGUUUAUUGCCUGAUGACGUACAGAAAACAUUUUGUACACAACGUUUAGACCAACAGCACUAGAAUUUAUUGCCUGAUGACGUACAGAAAACAUUUUGUACACAACGUUUAGACCAACAGCACUAGGAUUUAUUGCCUGAUGACGUACAAUACUGAUAUCAAUCCCAUUACAAAUGUGCUCAGAGGGAUUAGUCUCAAAUGAAAUAAUAAUGUGUUUUAAAAUCGUGUGCAGUGUUUUUAAAAAAUCUGAAUGUAAUAACUUGAUUGUGUGGUUUUUGUCGUACUUGGCUGA